AUGUUCUUUCAGGAGUUUAUUUUUAUUCUUUGUCUAUUAAUUAUAUUUAUUAUUCCAAUAAAAUCAACUGAAAAUUGUAAUAUUGAUUAUGAUCGUUAUAAAAGAAGUUAUGGUUAUUCACAAACUUAUCAUUGUUCAAAUCUUUAUUCACUUUCAAAUGAUCUUUUACAAACGAAAGAUAUUUCAGAAAAAAAAUUACCAUUAAAAAUUACUAAAAGUCCAAAUCUUCAUAUUCAUACAGAAAUAUGUGGUCAACAUCAACAACAAUAUUUAUUAGGUUUAUUAAUUGAAUCAUCAUAUAUUCAUUCAAUAGGUUCACGAGCAUUUUCUUGUCGUACAUUACGUGUUAUUUCAAUAAGUCAUACACAAUUUUCAUUAACAAUUUUACCUGAUGAUAUAUUUCUUAAUGCUUAUCAAUUACAAACUAUUCGUCUUGUAAAUACUAAUAUAAAACAUUUACCAUCAUCAUUAGAAAAUUUAUCUAAUUUAACUGAAUUAAUACUUGAUGAUAUGCAUUCACUUAUUGAUUAUCCAUCAAUAGAAUAUUUAAGUAAUUUACGUUAUUUACAUAUAUUUACGAGUUUAAAUUAUUUUCCACUUAAUUAUGUCGAUCAUUUAAAUCGUUUAUCACAUAUACAAAUUAUUCAUUUUGGUAGUCGAACAAUAAAUAUAUUUCCAAAAGAAUUAUUUCAUUUAAAUGGUUAUCAAUUAACUGAUGUAAGUCUCUAUUCAGAAAAUAUAACGUGUCGAACAUGUAAAAGUGAUUGGUUUAAAACAAUUGCUAAAACUUUAAUGAUUUAUGGUUGGACUAAUCGUACAAAAGACCAAUUUCGAAAUAAAAAUUUUCAUUUAAUUACAAAAACAACACAAUUUUAUAAAUUAGAUAUAAUUGCAUAUUGUGGUGAUAUGCGAUUAGGUGAAGAACCAUUAAUGGUACAUAACGCACCAUUAUGUUGUAACAAAGGCUAUUUUCAAUGUGCAACUAAACGUUCUACAUGUCAAAGAUUAAGUAGUACAUUUUCACGUUGUAAAUGUUUAAAUGGUUAUUAUGAAGAUAGCUAUGGUGACUGUAUUUCAGUUUAA